UUUGUUUGUGGUCGAUUUUGGUUGGGUAACGUCAUCCCUGACAACUCUCCUGGCUACACGUUCUCUAUUUAUCUAUUGCAAUUUCGCAAGUGACCGGUGUUUAAAAAAAUAUAGUGUAAUUUAAAAUUAAUCAUGAUCUAUUCUACAUGGAUCAGUCAGUUUUACUCAGUUUUAUUAUUAAUUUGUUCAGUAAUCACGUAUGUUCAGUCUGAUGUGCCGAGACCUCGAGGGGUCUCUUUAUCCAAAGCACCGCUAUAUUCACCAACAAAAGAUUUCACCUGCUUCGACGGUACAAUCACUAUACCGUUCAGCUACGUGAAUGAUGACUAUUGCGACUGCUUUGACGGCAGUGACGAACCAGGCACUUCAGCAUGUCUAAAUGGCUUUUUCCAUUGCACAAACGCCGGUCAUCGACCGCAAAACAUACCAAGUUCGAGAGUCAACGAUGGUGUAUGCGACUGUUGUGAUGGCACCGACGAAUAUGCUUCGGAAGUAACGUGCUCCAAUACCUGCGAGGAACUGGGACGAGAAGCGAGAGCCGAAGCUCAACGACUGGCUGAACUUUACAAGGCGGGUAGUCACUUAAGAGUGGAGUUAAUAGAGAAGGGCAAUGCCAAACGUAAUGAGAUGGCUGAGCAACUCCAGCAGUUAGAAAAGGAUAAAUCUGAAGCUGAGCAAAUUAAAAAUGAAAAAGAGGCUCUUAAAAACGAAUUGGAAUCUAAGGAGAAUGAAGCACUCAAAGUCUACAGAGAAGCUGAAGAACAAGAAAGACAGAAGAAAGCAGAGGAAGAAAAACAAAAUAACAUCAAAGAAUCUUUAGAAUACUUCACAAAAUUGGAUUCUGACAAAGAUGAGAUUCUGACAGUUGGAGAAAUAUCUGUAUCCAGUGUGUUUGAUAAGAACAAGGACGGCCAAGUAGAUGAGGAAGAAGUGAAGUACUUCUUUGGGGACAGAGAGAGCAUAGACAAGGAUACUUUUGUCUCAGUAACUUGGCCCGUAUUGAAACCUCUGUUAAUGAUGGAACAAGGUAUGUUCAAGCCAGCUGAAGAGCAGGAGGAACUUGAACCUGAACCAGAUGCUGAUGAAGCAGCUGACCUGGACACUGAGUACACUGGCCAGGAUGAUGAGGCUAGUGAAGGAUCGGAUGGAGCUCAUGAAGAAGUUGAAGAACAAGAAGUGGAAUCAGAACAAACUAACAUCUACGAUGAAGAAACCCAGAAACUGGUAGCAGAAGCUUCAGAGGCUCGCCGCCACCACACUGAAGCUGAACGAACUGUUAGGGAAAUAGAAGCUAACAUUAGGAAAAUCCAACAGAACCUUGAGAAAGACUAUGGCUUACAACAAGAAUUUGCCACUCUUGAUGGAGAAUGUCAUGAAUAUGAGGACAAAGAGUAUGUGUACAGAUUAUGUAUUUUCCAAAGGGUUACACAGAAGUCCAAGAAUGGAGGCGCAGAGGUUGGACUAGGAAACUGGGGAGAAUGGGCUGGUGGAGAUCACAACAAAUACUCAAUUAUGAAGUAUACCAAUGGUGUGGCUUGCUGGAACGGGCCUAGCAGAAUCACAACUGUACAUGUCAUUUGUGGAUUGGAGACUAAACUCUUAUCUGUCACAGAACCUUUCCGCUGUGAAUACAAGAUGGAGUUCAGUACACCUGCGGCUUGUGAUGAAUCCAGCCCAUCUUCUCAGCAUUCAUCUCAUGAUGAACUCUAAUUAUAAUGUUCCAGUGUUCAAUUUUUCACACUAUUUUGUGAUGUGUUUAACACUUAAGAUACAAAUGUAAAUCAGUCAUAGUCCAUUAUCAUGUUUGUCUAAAGACAAGUCUCAAAUCACACUAAUAAAUGUGAAUAAUUCACAAAUAUACUGGAAAUCAACUGGAAUUUAUUGUAGCAUGAAUAAGUAGAGUGUAGAAAAUUUAUUUUGGUUUAAGUGGAAGUGUUGAUAAUUUAAAAGUUUUUUUGGUAUUUACAAGGAUUUAUUCACCAGUGUUUUGAUGUAAAGACUGAAAUAUUCAACAUCAUACAUUUAUCAUUUCUCUCACAUUCCUUAAAUGCAAGGCUGUUUUAGUUCGAGUAGAAACAAUAAAUUUAACAAAGUGAACAAAACAUUGUGAGUGAUCAAUAAAAUUAUUGUUUUAAUAUUA